AUGUUCGAUAGAUUUUGGGGUCGUGGCGACAAUUUACAGGCUACACGAGAAGCCACUGUAUAUCUGUUCAAGAAUUUUCUUUAUCUGGGAUUUCAGCAACCACCAAAAUGGAAACCUCUAUACUAUCUGUAUUCAGUUAUGCUGAAUUUAAGUGCUUUGGUAUUUUUACCCAUUUCAUUCAUUUUAAGUUUCUAUUACGGCUUCAGGCAAAUGACACCCGUACAAUUGUUGACCUCAUUGCAAGUGGCGAUCAAUGUUUGGGGUUUACCGGCCAAAUUUCUAGCAGUAGUGAUAUCAUUGAAACGUCUACAUGAGGCUAUGGAUGUAAUGGACAUAUUAGAUGCUCGCUGCCAACGACAAGAUGAAAAAGAGAAAAUUCGUUAUUGUGCCAUGCUUGGCAAUCGUUUGACCAUAUUCUUUAUAGGAUUCUAUAUGCUGUACACAGCUCUAACCAUGAUCACAUCGGUGUUGAUGGGACAACCACCAUAUUCUGUGAUUAUACCCCUCAUGGAUUGGCGCAAUUCUACGCUGGAGUUUAUUGUACAGUCGUUCCUGGAAUAUAUGCUUAUGAAUUUGAUUUGCAUGCACGAGGGUGGCGAUGAUGUGUAUGCGGUCAUUUAUAUCUAUGCCAUUCGCACUCAUAUGCAGAUAUUGGUGGAACGUGUCAAGAGAUUGGGUACCGAUGAGGAGACCACAAAUGAUGAUGACUACAAGCAAUUGGUGUUAUGUGUUAAGGAUCAUCAGGAGUUGUUAAGAUUAUUGGAUAUUAUCAGUCCCGUCAUCUCGAUUACCAUUUUCAUACAAUUUAUGAUAACCGCCAUUAUACUGGGCACCACUCUAAUAAAUAUUAUGAUAUUUGCCGACUUUUCGGCCCAGAUAGCCUCGGUUGUAUAUUUCCUAGCGGUUUUGGUGCAAACCUCUCCCUGUUGCUAUCAGGCCACCUGUCUAAUGGAUGACAGUGAUCAGUUGACAUUGGCCAUAUUUCAUUGUGAGUGGUUUAAUAAGGAUAUACGCUUUCGCAAAAUGAUGAUAUUCUUUAUGAUGCGUUCCCAGACACCGGUGGCUUUAACCGCUUUAAAAUUGUUUCCCAUAACUUUGAAUACCAGUUUGGGGAUAGCCAAGUUUUCAUUUUCUCUGUAUACGUUUAUCAAGGAAAUGGAUUUUGGCAAAAACUUAAAGGACUAA